AUGUCACAGCAACAACAACAACAGCAAGCCAGUACUAAUAACCAAACCACCACAUCAUGGCUACUAUCUCCACUCUGGCCAAGAUCAACAUCAUCGUCAAAAUCACCAACCCCAGAACAACAACAACAACAAGAAUCCAAAUCGCCACCAAUCUCAACCCCGAAACGAAAUAUACAGGGUGGCAAAACAGUACGGCAUAAAACUUCAACUACAUCUUUAGCUUCAAUGACUUCUGGAAAUUGGCUUGGUUGGAGAGGAACCACUGCUACUGGUACUGCGGCUGCAGUUGUUUCAACUUCAGGAACAGUCAAUGAAGAUGAUAGUCAAACAGACAAAGAGCAAGCGAACGAAGCAGACAGUCCAGCCAUACACAAGAAUGAAGCUGGCGUUGGUAUUGUGAAUAGUAAUGUCGAUGAUGAUGAGGAUAUCAUACCUGAUGAUAAUGGGGAUGAAGUUAGUGAACAUGCUAAUAUAAAUAAGAAAACUACAAUUUGGAAUUUUUGGAAUACUAAUUAUCAACAAGGUAGUAAUGAAUCAAUUGAAAGAGGAGGAAGUCCAACUCUGAAUAAUAGUGCCAGCAACGCCACCACCAAGAAAUCAAAAAUAAAAGAAAUAGAUCCUUCCAAUACAAUCCUAAAUUCCACCCAUGAAAUUCCUCCAGAAUUAUCCGACCUUCCAAACAAGAAGAAGCAGAAGAAAAAGGAUGAAAUUAAGGUCGACGAUGCAGUCUUAUAUAAACCACAUGAUAAUGCCGCCCAAUUCCAACAAAUAAACACCCACAAGAAUGAAAACUUACGUGAGAAUAUUAUCGUACCUGAUUGGAAUACUUGUUUACCCCCAAGUCAAGAAUCAUCCAGUAUUGCCAGUCAUUUCUUCUCACUGACAACUUCGAAUGAUGAGAGUGGAACUGGUGGGGUGAUGAAGACGGACUUACGUAAUUGGAGACAAUUAUUAAGUACGAUUUCUAGUAAAUUUGGGUUUAAUUUAAGUUCUAUUCCUACCGAGACGACAACAAAUCUGGAUGGGGAUAAAUUGGAGAAAGAAUUUGGUUCUUUGUAUGAACGAUCAUAUAAGUUGUAUGGGAAAUCAUUGACUGUUUUACCGGAAUAUAAACGUGCUUGUUUGCCUAAUUAUAAUAAAUAUUUCGCGGGUACAACGACCAAUGGUGCUGGAUCUAAUGCUCCUGCUGUUACCGCCGCCGCUGCCGCUGCCGCUGAUGAUGAUGAUGAUGAACCACAUCCUCCACAAGAACCUACUCAAUUAGAAGAAGAUCAUCGAGAAGGAGGCAUAGCCAUAGACAACGACCUCAUGGGCAAUUUAUUAAUAAACCCCAAUGUCCCAUCACACCACGAAAGUCACAUCCCCAGUGAAAUCAUCAAUCAAAAAUCAGGUCCUUUGAAAAAGAUUAAAAAGAUUUUAAUUAUUGGAGUACAUGGAUUUUUCCCCACCAAAAUGAUUCGACCAAUUAUAGGUGCACCCCAGGGUACAUCAUUAAAAUUUGCUAAUGAGGCCGAAAAAGCCAUUAUUCGAUAUUGUAUUGAGAAUCAAUUAAUUUCCGAAAAUGAAUCAAAUGUAAGUAUUCAAAAGAUUGCCCUUGAAAAAGAAGGGAAAAUAUUUGAUCGAGUUGAAUUUUUUAGUCAAAUUUUAGGAGAUUGGCAAAAAGAAUUAAAUCAAGCUGAUUUUAUCUUUAUAGCAUCGCAUUCUCAAGGAUGUGUAGUUUCGAUUAUAUUAUUGGCUCGAUUAAUCAAGAUGGGUAUAUUACGAGAUUCAAUCCAUAAACGAAUUGGAAUUUUGGGUAUGGCUGGGAUUAAUAAUGGACCAUUUUAUGGAGCCGAUAAAUCAUUAUUCAUGAAGGCAUAUUCUGCAAUUGAACAUGAUUCAUUGAUUGAAUUAUUUGAAUUUAAUAAAUUCAAUAGUGAAUUAUCGAUGAUAUAUAAACAAUCUAUGAGGAUAAUUAUAAAUCAUAAUGUGAAAUUAUGUUUUAUUGGUUCGAUAAAUGAUCAAUUAGUGCCCCUUUAUUCGGCAUUAGCUUCUCAUGUAUUCCAUCCGAAUAUUUAUCGGGCAUGUUAUAUUGAUUAUAGUUCGAAUACUCCUCCAUUUGUUCAGAAAUUGGUUUCAUUAUGUUGUCAAUUGUUAAAUAUGGGAUAUUUCGAUAAUAAUGUCUUGAAAGAAUUGAGUAUAUCAUUGGCUGGUCCUUUGACAGGUGGUGGACAUUCUAAAAUAUAUAAUGAUGGGAAAGUAUAUGAUUUAGGAGUGAAGUUUGUAUUAGAUACCGAUGAUAUAAUUAUUCCUCUGAAAGGAAUUGAAGAAGAAUUAAUCCUACCCCAAACUAAUCAAUUAUAUAUUAAAGAAUUUAAUGUGGGGAAAUUAGGUACUAAUCCAUAUAUAUUACCUUGGUGUCUUAGAGGAUUAUUAUUUAAUAUUGAAAAGAAUUGGCCUAAAAGAAAUAUUAAAUGUGAAUAUGAUCAAAAAUGUCAUAAAAAUGGGUAUGAAGAAAUUAAUGAAUUAUAUGAGAUUUUUAAUCAAUGGAAACCCGAGACUAAAUUGUUAAAAGAACUUAAAUUUAGAUUGAAUGGGUUAAGAAUAAGUAAGUUAUAG